CGGGAGAAUAAACAAAUAGAAAAAUGUUAAAAACGAGCUUACUCAUAUAUGUAUGCACGGUCGGAUUAAUCAUUGGAAUUUCCAAUUGCAAGCCAGUAGUGUGGCCGCGGACCAAACGUGUUUAUAGUCAUGACUUUGUGUUUCCAUCGGACGAUGAGAAUGAAGAUUAUACGCUGCCGAUUUGGGAUUAUCAUCAUUCAGCAACGGAAUCGAAUAGAAGAAACAAACACAAUAUAUCGACAAUAUCACAAAACACGACAGCAUUUCCAACUCAAUUAAAUACUCAUGUGAGUGCCGAGGAGCAAUUGAAGAAGUGUAGUUUUUAUAAAGAGCAUGGCCCCUUUUCCCAUGGGCGUCUUUUGUUAGUUCGAAAUAGCACAGAGGAAGUAUCAAACGCCGUGGACUAUGUGAUUGAUAUUUUGACAUCUAAACUGCAGCUCUCUGGCUUGGUUUAUAGCAUAUUGCAAGCCAAGUCGGACGAAAAUAAUAUUCUUUUCGAAAUGGAAACAAAGUUCGAUGCUUACACAGUACUUGAAAAGUUUUGUAAUCUGUUCUUAGAUACCUAUCAGUAUCGUGGUCCCCUAAGAGAUAUUCAUCCUAACUAUGAAAUUAUGUAUACUGAUCGAGAUUUUCAUGAAAGAGAUGCCAUUGAUCUCAGAUUGCAUAGACGUGCAGUCGUGUGAGAUAUAUUUAGAUAUACCCGUACACUUGUAUACUUGUAAGUUCAGUAGGCAUUGAUUAGUUCACAUUCACGUCAAAAGUUGCAAGAUAGCCAUUAUUUUAUAAUUAUAGUACAUUUCUUAGGUCAUAAGUUUGCAAUUUUAAGGUACAAUGUAAUAUGCUUAAAAUUACAUAUUAUUGAAAUCUAAAC